AUGGAGAAAUCCAUAGAUCAUGUUACGACUGAAAAGGUUAGCAAUCAUAUUCCUGAUGAUCUUGAAUUUUUUAUUGUCUCCAAAUUGCCUCUUAAAUCUUUGAAACGGUUUAGUUGUGUACGGAAAUCAUGGUCACACUUAUUUCAAAACUCUAAUUUCAUGAACAUGUACCGCAACUAUUUCAUAUCUAAUAAUCAUUCUUCUUAUGAGGAGGAUGGUUCAUGUCUCCUCCUACAACAGACUUUGCCAUAUUUUCCAAAUCACCGUAUGUUAUACUUGCUUUCUGGUGAGACGUUUGAGAAUAAGGUCAAAUUAGAUUGGCCACCUCCAUUUCAAGAUAAUGGUCAAUCUGUUUUUAUUUUGGGUCCGGUUAUGAACGGCAUUGUUUGUCUCUACCAAGGGUGUACACCUAUUAUUGUAUUAUGGAACCCAACUACCGACAAAUUGAAGGUCCUUCCUCAUAGCCCUAUUGAGUCUCCAAUACUUUAUGAGUUAAAAUAUGUUUAUCUUCAUGGAUUUGGUCAUGACCAUAUUAAGGAUGACUACAAGGUGAUUCGAUAUGCGUCUUAUAGUGUAGAUGCACCUAAUAUUGAAGAUUAUAGGGAAGUUGAGAUAGUCAAUCAGACAUAUUGUGACGUGUGGGAGAUAUACAGUCUAAGAAGUAACUCUUGGAGGAAAAUUGAUCUGGAUAUGCCUCAAUGUUAUGGGACUAAUGUAGGUGCCUUCGUGUAUAUGAAUGGGGUUUGUCAUUGGUAUUGUAAUGAUAUAAAUGAGCCAUUGUUGGUGUCAUUUGACUUACACGAAGAGGUGUUCUGUGAACUCGGUGUGAAGGAAUCUUGGACUAAACUCUUCAUUUUUGGACCCUUACCUAGCAUUGAACAUCCUAUUGGAGAGGGAAGUAAUGGUGAUUUAUUCUUUAGAAGAAAAAAUGAUGAACUAGUCUGGUUUAAUUUGAAUACCCAAAUAAUUGAGGAGCUUGGUGUUAAAGGGGAACUGCAUUGUUGUCAGAUAGUCAUUUACAAGGAAAGUCUUCUUCGUCUUGGAGGAAUAAAUGAUUGA